AUGACCGAAAUAAUCGAAUCUCAAUGGGAAUUUGAGAGGCAUUCUCUAAAUGGACUUCACAAUGGGUUUAAUGAGCACGAUUCACGGUAUACAUGUUGUUGUCGACAUAUGCAUUCAACGACCGGUGUACGAGUUGUUUGUGGAAUGUUAUGGAUAACGGUUCUUUUUGAAUUAUGGCAACUUUUCAUCACCGUUCACGCAAAUCUCGCACAAGUGGUCCCUAAAAGUGAUAAUUUGGAAUCUCCAAUGAUUCAAUCAUGUGUCGGCUUAGGUCUUGCUUCAACAGUUCUCAUAUCAAUCCUCAAAAAGAAAUGCUAUUUUCUGAUUCCAUAUCUUGCUGUGCAGCUGAUUGGUCUUGCAUCUUCAUGUAUUUUCUUUGUUGCUUUUGUUUAUAUUGGUUUAUUUGGUGAUCAAGAAACAGCACUGGCUUUUCUUCAAUCUUACGGAAAAACACUUGAUAGUACACAUCAAAAUUAUUUAAAAUAUGUAGCCUGGAUGAUGGUUGGUUCCUUUUUCAAUAAUAAUUACGCUUCAAAUCUGGUUGAUGUCAAUCGUCGUUGGAUGUUUUCGAUAUUACAGAGACCG